AGAAUCCUCAUUAUACGUAACCAUAAUGGGAAGUAUCGUUAAUGCAGCUAAAGAGUAAAUACACGGUUAGUUUUCACUUCGUAUGAUAGGUGAACCUACGAUAACGUGCAAACUUGACAUUUUUUUUUCAAUCAGUGAAUAAUGAAUUUUCUUGGUAGUUCAUGCGGGAUAUCAGUUCGGUGAACGUAAAAUUUCCAAUGCGUUAUUUGCAUAGGUAUACUAAAACUUGUCGAUAAUGGCGUCAAACUGUGUCCAGAUAAUAAGUUUUCAUGACAUUUUGGUGAAAAACAAUAUUGAUAAUCGAAUUUUGAGUACCUACGUAGUUUACUCGGUGUUAGCUCAGUACUUUUGAAUUUUGAAGUAUAAACAUAGCCAUGCCUAAAAAUCGAUCUCGAAUCUUGAAAAUUAUGUCCGUCGAGCCGGCACUUUGCCUUUACACCAUGGUCUUCGUAAUGAUCGAUUCCACAAUCACCAAUCUUUUGCUUCAGAAAAAAUGCCGAUUUAAUUGCACAUCGGAACCAGACUUGAAUACACCUUGCGACGAUGAAAAACAAGGAAUACUUUUCGUAUCCGAAGUAAAUUCCAUCUAUCGAUUAUCGAUGUACUUGCUGUGUUCAAUUUACGUCGUGUUAGCGGCGGGCUGGAGUGAUAUAGCAGGACGUCGUCGAAGACCUUUGAUCUUGUUUCCCAUAAUAGGAUUAAUUUGCCAGUCAGUGAUGGGAUGUUUACAUACGUAUUUUUGGAGUUGGCCUCCCUUCACGGCUGCUUUAUCAAAUCUCAUAUUUGACGUGAUAUCUGGCGGAAUACCAGUAAUAAAUGUGGCAAGUAUUACGUAUAUGUGCGAUGUGACUGAUGUGAAAAGUCGUACCAUGAAAUUGGGACUUUUAUCAGCUGCCAGAACUUUUGGUGAUCUUGUAGGAUUCGGAAGUUCCGGAUUUGUGCUCCGUAGUGUGGGAUUCUUUUAUAGUUUCUUUCUAUGUCUGAUGUUAUCGUCAAUGGCGUUGGUAUUGGCGUUGUUUCUAGUCGAAGAUAUAUCAAUACCAGUUGACAAGAAACCUCAUAUUUGCCAGUUCUUUAAUUUAAUGCGGAUCAAGGAUGCUACCGAAGUGGUGUAUAAGAAAAGUCUGGGACGGAAUAGGAUCGUGGUUACGAUGUUGUUUGUUAUUUCUACUUCGGUGUUCAUUACAACGCAAGGAGAAAAUGGUGUUCAAUAUUUGUUUCUUCGGUACAAAUUUCACUGGGAUGAACGAGACUAUAGCUUCUAUGUUAUUUAUAGGUACAUCGGAGUCAUUAUAGGAAAUGUGUUCUGCUCAGUAAUUUUGAGCAACAUUUUGGGAGUGCACGAUGGAUUAAUUGGUGUUUUUGCCGGAACAUGGGACACUAUCGCUGCUUUUGGAUAUCUGUUCGCGAGCCAAAAUUGGCAUCUUUACAUAAUUCCUAUAUUCGACAUAUUCCAUGGUACCGCUUACACGGCGAGUUCUGCAUUCCUGAGUAAAUAUUACAAUAGUGACGAAUUUGGACGUCUGCAAUCUUUUCUUACUUUAUUUGGACUACUGAUACCAGCCUGCCAUCCCAUAUACAGUGAAAUCUUCCGCAGAACGUUGGAAGUUUUUCCUUCGUCAUAUUUCAUCUUCAGUAUCGCAUUGGAUGUGAUAGUUGUUUUAUUAUAUUGCUUAUCGUAUUCACUUAGUAAAAAAUUUCAAACCAAAAAAGCAGUGGGACAAGAGGAGAUGCCAAUGAUGAUGUAGAUAGACGCAAACGUUGUGGUGCAUCUACAGACACUAAUCACAUUAUCUAGUCAAACUAUCAAAUAAUACCUACAAGGUGUGAAAAAUGUGAUGUGUGAUGAAAUUAAGCUACAUAGUUGAGAAACUUUCUAGUGUAAGUACCUACGUACGAGUAUCUAGAUCUACGUAGAUGUUUGGUAAGUUAGAAAUUGGAGUAGGUAGAUAUGAGUGAAAUCGACUUUUUUGAUCAGCCAAUAAUUCGAUUAGCUUAAUGUAAAAUUCAUUAAUCGAUUUUUCUCGAUUACCUAAUAUGUUAAAAAUACUUAUAUUGUUAGUUACCCACUGGCUUAUCAGAAUAAUUGACGAUUUGAUAUUUUGUGACAGAAUAGUUAUAACCAAACCAGUGUAAAAUCACAUAGAAAAUGUUUUAAAAAAUGGUCCCGAAGAAAUCAAAAAUAUUAUUUAAUGUGGAUUGUGUGAUUAAGAUUUGCCUAUCUUUAAAUUUGAACUAAGCCUUCCUUCAAACAGCUUUCGAUGUUAUUGUUUUAAAAAAAUGUUAAAUCCCCUUUAAAAUAUGAUAAAGUACGAUAAUUUGAUAAUGGUUUUUUUGUUCUCAUAACCUGACUUUCAAAAAAAAAAUAAAAAAAAAAAAAAAUGCAAACCACUCUGGUCAAUAAGUUACUUUUUAAAUUACAAAGUAGCAACUGAAACUACACGUAAAUACUUGUGAUUGCCUAUCGUAAAUUCAAAAGGAACCAAUGUUUAAUUGAAUAAUGAUUUAUCACUUUUUUAAAAGUCAUGUAAUUUGUUGAGUCACCAGAUGAGAAGCAAUAAACAUGUGAUCGGCGUU